AUGUCGGCAUCGAGACCGCAGCUUUCGCUGUGGGAGAAGCGGGACCUGGUGUUACGCCUGCUCUUCCGCGCCCCUCUCCAGUUGGUCUGGAAUUUCUUGUACGGCGCGCCCUUCGCCCUCGCGAGGGGCGUCUCGAUGCGCUUCUUCGCCUUCUGCGCCUACUACCGCUUCGCCCUGGGCUGCAUGCGCGCCCGCGAGAUCCAGUUCCUGUUACCCCCUUCCAUCGUCACAUAUGAGAGGUGGAUCGCCCGAAAGGCCAAGCGGCACCCGGAGCUCGCCGACCGGCUGCGGCGCAACGUCGAGAUGCUGCCGGCCAACGACGGCUCCAUCCUGUGGAUCGGCAACCGGCAGAAGGCGACCAAGUUCGUGCUCUUCUUCCAUGGCGGAGGCUACGCCGUACCAUUGCUCCCGGGACACCUUGAGUGGUGCUGGGAGGCCUACGUCAACGGCGGGCCGGGGCUCCACGCCGAGGUCGCCGUCGCCGUGCUGCAGUACACCCUCGUGCCGGAGGCGCGGUACCCGACCCAGCUGCAGCAGGCCAUCGCCGCCCUCAACCAGCUGCUCCUCUCGGGCAUCAAGCCCGGCGACCUCCUCGUCGGCGGCGACUCGGCCGGCGGGAACCUCGCCUGCUCCGUCGUCCGCCACAUCUGCCACCCGUGCCACCUCGAGAUCCCCGCGCUGCGUCCCGAGGGGCGGCUCGCCGGCGUCUUCCUCGUGUCGCCGUGGCUCAGCAGCAAGACCACGGCGCCGGCCUUCCGCGAGAACAACCACGUCGAUAUGGUGACGGCGCGCGCGAUGCUGCGCGCGGCGACCGAGCUGCUGCACCCGCGCUUCCCCGUGCGCGGCAAGUCGGACGAGAGCGACCUGGCCAUGGCGAUGCCCAUGGACGGCGACAUGGCGUGGGCCGACGACAUCUCGGCCGCCGCGGCGAGCCUGUACGUUACGGGGGGCCAGCAGGAGGCCUUCCGCGACGAUAUCCGGGCCUUCGCCGAGCACGUCGGCUGCGGGAACAACGACCUGGACCUCCUCUUCGAGCUGGCGGAGCACGAGGCGCACGACUUCAUCCUGCUCGAGGGGCAGGCCGGGCGGGUGGGCGAUGCGACGGUGCGCAUGAGGAACUGGGCGGUGGCGCAGCUGGGGACGGGCCGGGCUUCGGUGUGA